GGGGCAACCAACUACAAAUCCCAGCAGGUACAGGGAAUGGACUGUUAUCCAGUCCUGAAACCUACUAUUCCCAUAUCACCCUGCGGCAAAACGUCACUUUCUGUCUGAAAUGCCGGUUGACGUCUCCCCCGCACCCCAUUCCCUCACCUUUGCUGGGUUCAAACUGACUGAUCGAAGGCUGUUAUGUCUUCUUAGUUCUUCAGAGGCCAGGUAGAGCCGGAGGAGAUGGUUCAGUUAACUCACCUGCUAUGUAAAACAAAAGCAUAAACCCUCCCCGCUUCCAGAGCCCCACCCAGGAGCUGUUGCGCUUGCGCGCUAACACACCAACCAAUCAACCGCCCGUGCUAAGACGCCUGCGUGGAGGACACCGGCGUGCAAGAGUCUGCACGAGGCCCGGCCGGGAGCGGUCAUCCAAUUGCGCCUGCGCAUGCGCUGCCCCUCCCCUCCAUUCGGCGCCCUCUCUACCUAGCUUGCAUAGCCGUUCGGGCCAGAGAGGCGGAACCAUAGGUAUCUAUUGGCUUGUAUUGGUGCCUGUCAAUGAGAUAUGUGAGGGGAUUGGCUGCAGCACAGAAGACAGCACGUUUAACUGUAGGCGCUGUAGCGGCGGCGCUGCUUGGGCACCGCAUUCUGGCUCCAUCUCCAGAAGGUUCUGCCGGUUCACCUAGCUCCCGGUUCCCGGCUCCGCGCCGCCAUGAUGGGCCAUCGCCCCGUGCUCGUGCUCAGUCAGAGUACAAAACGGGAAUCUGGAAGGAAAGUACAAUCAGGGAACAUCAGCGCGGCCAAGACUAUUGCAGAUGUCAUCCGAACAUGUCUAGGACCUAAGUCCAUGAUGAAGAUGCUUUUGGACCCAAUGGGUGGCAUUGUGAUGACCAAUGAUGGCAACGCCAUUCUCCGAGAGAUUCAAGUCCAGCAUCCAGCAGCCAAAUCAAUGAUUGAAAUCAGUCGGACCCAGGAUGAAGAAGUUGGAGAUGGGACUACGUCAGUGAUUAUUCUUGCUGGAGAGAUGCUGUCGGUGGCUGAGCAUUUCCUAGAGCAACAGAUGCACCCUACGGUAGUGAUUAGUGCCUACCGAAAGGCAUUGGAUGAUAUGAUCAGCACGCUUAAGAAAAUCAGUAUCCCCGUUGAUAUCAACAGCCGUGAUACAAUGAUGAAUAUCAUUGACAGUGCCAUUCGCACUAAGGUGAUCAGCCGCUGGUCCUCUCUGGCUUGCACCAUAGCCCUCGAUGCUGUGAAGAUGGUACAGUUUGAGGAGAAUGGCCGGAAAGAGAUUGACAUUAAGAAAUAUGCAAAAGUGGAAAAGAUUCCUGGGGGCAUCAUUGAGGACUCCUGUGUCUUACGUGGAGUUAUGAUCAACAAGGAUGUGACCCAUCCACGAAUGCGGCGCUACAUUAAGAAUCCACGAAUUGUGUUGCUGGACUCCUCUUUGGAAUACAAGAAAGGAGAAAGCCAGACAGACAUUGAGAUAACUCGAGAGGAAGAUUUCACUCGGAUCCUGCAAAUGGAAGAAGAAUAUAUUCAGCAGCUUUGUGAGGAUAUUAUUCACCUCAAACCUGAUGUGGUUAUCACAGAAAAGGGCAUUUCAGAUUUAGCUCAGCACUACCUCAUGCGGGCCAACAUCACAGCUAUCCGCAGAGUCCGGAAGACAGACAACAACCGAAUUGCCAGGGCAUGUGGGGCUCGGAUUGCUAGCCGACCAGAAGAGCUGAGAGAAGAAGACAUCGGGACUGGUGCUGGCUUAUUUGAAAUCAAGAAGAUUGGAGAUGAGUACUUCACAUUCAUCACAGAAUGCAAAGACCCCAAGGCCUGCACCAUUCUCCUCCGGGGAGCCAGCAAGGAGAUCCUGUCGGAGGUCGAGCGAAACCUCCAGGAUGCCAUGCAGGUCUGCCGAAACGUUUUUCUCGAACCUCUGCUGGUACCAGGGGGAGGGGCCUCUGAAAUGGCCUUGGCUCAUGCCCUGACAGAAAAGUCCAAGGCCAUGACUGGCAUUGAGCAGUGGCCUUACCGGGCUGUGGCCCAGGCCCUAGAGGUCAUCCCUCGUACUCUUAUCCAGAACUGUGGGGCCAGUACCAUACGUCUACUCACUUCUCUUCGGGCCAAGCACACCCAAGAGAACUGUGAGACCUGGGGUGUGGAUGGUGAGACAGGAGCCUUGGUGGACAUGAAGGAGCUGGGCAUCUGGGAACCACUUGCUGUGAAGCUGCAGAUCUACAAGACUGCAGUAGAGACGGCCAUCCUCCUACUUCGGAUUGAUGACAUUGUCUCAGGCCACAAAAAGAAGGGUGAUGAUCAGAAUCAGUCAGGGGGUCACCCCGAUGCUGGGCAGGAGUGAGCUGACAACAUGAGCACCGGCUGAGGUGACAGCCCACAGGACCAGCAGGUUUUCUCCAUCCUUUUCCCAAGCCAGGCUGCCAGGGCAAACAUGGAUGUCUUGGUUGGAGAUUAGGUUGAGGGUCCUCUCUCAGCCUCUUUCUGCCCCAGUUCAGUUUGCAAAAGGCACUGACAUGUGACUCCUAUUGUAAGCUUUCCAUUUAAGUUUGCUUCCGAUGAUUAAAAUCUCAGUCGUUUGAGACUCCA